AUGGCUCCAGCUACAACUCCAGCGAGGCAAGCUCCUCCCUCUAGGGGGAACGGAUCAGCAUCGCGAACUCCGCGCUUCAUCUUCAGCUCAAAUUUCCCUUCAAGUUCUGCCUCUCAGUUUGCAGCAACUCCUCGUUUCCGUUUCACGGACAGGGGAAGAAGCUGCCGUGUCUCGGACGCAGAGGCCAAUUUGAGUGAUGUUAAUCCCUCGUCCUCAGCACUCACUGAGUCCGAUGGGGGGCAGACUGGGAACUUGCCCCAGGCUUACCCAGGGGGGGACAUUAUUCACGACUCCAACAGCGAUGAAGAGGAUCUUUUAUUCCAGGAUGAUACCCCAUCUCCCCCUUUGGAAGGGUAUCCAGUAAACCAGGGUGACGUCGGCGGAGGGUUUGACAUCGAUGCGGAAUUCGAUGCCAUUUUCCCCCCGACGCCAGAAAUGCGCAAGGCGAAACGUCGGAGGGUGUCUCUACCUCCUCCCAAUAGCGGUGAUGUCAACGCAGAUUCAAUAUCAUCGUGUCCAUCUGCAUCCACAUCCCCAUCACCACCGCCUAAAUCACCCACCUCCUUAUUCGCAUCUCCAACUCCUCCACCCCGCGAGACACACUCCCCAGGACCAAGUACCCCUUUCCUCCCACCAAGCAUCAGCACAGCUCUCAAACUAGUCUCCUCAUCUUCCACCAAGCAUCCUCGUUUCCUCCUCAAUCACCCCUCAAACCCCCCUUCCACCGCCAACUUUCAACCUCUCAGACCAAGCACUUUCACACCCUCCUCACAGACAGCACAACCCCCAACCCAACGCCGCCAACCCCAUUUUAUCCUCCCACCACCCCUCCCCCGACCACCCGAACACCCCCAAACUAGUGAAAUCACGUACCAUCCCUUCGCUAUUCCCGGCCGACCCCGCCGCUCAACCUCCAGCAUAACGCAAGACUGUAAGCCAGGAGGCAUGACCGCCUCCGUCCGCUCCUGGCUCCUCGAAGCGGAGGCUAUGAAACACGCGUCCCAAUUUACAAACGCGCAGGUUACCAGAAACAACAACAACAAUAUCAAUACCCAGACACCCAGAACCACGCACCAACCAAUCCCAACCCCAACCCGAGCAACUAAUUACUACCUCACAUGCCAAGUCUUAGACCUCCAACACCCCUCGUCUGCCCACAGCAAUGGACAGCCCAUAUAUUAUACACCGGGCCACCCGGCCCCUGUCACGUUCAUAACUGCAAAUCCCAUAAACCACCCCAACCCCUAUCCCAUCACAACACCCGCCCGCACAAUUCCCAACACAACCCCAUCUCCCACGCAACAGCACCAACACACGCAGCCACCGCCCCGCAAAAUCCUCCUCUUCGGCGCUCCCAUGUCUGCUCCAUCCCGUUCCCGGGGACAUAGACACCCUGCAUCUGAUGCACAGGGUUAUCCGCCGCCGUCGCUAGCUCCUCUGCCCACUAUUGCGAAGGGAGAUAGGAUAGGGAUUCGAAGGGGUUUGGUGUGGGAGAUGGAGAUUGAGGAGUUUUCGGGGGGUAGAGGGAGGAGACGGAUGAGGCGGGAAGAGGGAAGGGUAGGGGUAGGGGGUGGUGGUGGUGGGUUGCGUGGGGCGGCUGGGAUGGUUGAGAAGUGGAUUGUUGGUGUUGAGUGGGAUGUUUUGGAGUGGAAGGAUGGAUGA